AUGGCAGCGGCAGCGCGCGCUCGGGGCAGGGCAUCGCGGCCUGUCCUGCCUCUGAUUUCGCCGCCGCUGCCGCCGCCUCUGCUGCUGUUGCUGCUGCUGCUGCCCCACGGGUGCGCGGCCGCUAGGGACCCGGAGCCCCCAGCCGGGUUCAGCCUGCACCCGCCCUACUUCAACCUGGCCCAGGCGGCGAGGAUCUGGGCCACCGCCACCUGCGGGGAGCGCGGGCCCGGCGGGCGGCCCCGGCCGGAGCUCUACUGCAAGUUGGUGGGGGGCCCCACAGCCCCGGGCAGAGGUCACACCAUCCAGGGCCAGUUCUGUGACUACUGCAAUUCUGAGGACCCCAGGAAAGCACAUCCAGUCACCAGUGCAAUCGAUGGAUCUGAACGUUGGUGGCAAAGCCCGCCUCUCUCCUCAGGCACCCAGUACAACAAAGUCAACCUCACCUUGGACCUGGGGCAGCUCUUCCACGUGGCCUAUAUUUUAAUCAAAUUUGCAAAUUCUCCUCGCCCUGAUCUUUGGAUCUUGGAAAGAUCUGUAGACUUUGGAAGCACCUACUCACCGUGGCAAUAUUUUGCUCAUUCUAAAGCAGACUGUUGGGAACAAUUUGGACGGGAGGCAAAUAUGCCUAUCACCAGGGAUGAUGAUGUACUUUGUGUUACUGAAUAUUCUCGGAUUGUACCUUUGGAAAAUGGUGAGGUUGUGGUGUCAUUGAUAAAUGGUCGGCCAGGUGCAAGAAAUUUUACGUUCUCUCACACCCUGAGGGAGUUCACCACGGCGACAAACAUCCGCUUGCGUUUUCUCCGAACCAACACCCUCCUUGGACACCUCAUCUCCAAAGCACAGAGAGAUCCCACUGUCACUCGGCGGUAUUAUUACAGCAUAAAGGACAUCAGCAUCGGGGGACGGUGUGUUUGCAAUGGCCAUGCUGACGUGUGCAAUGCAAACAAUCCUGAAAAAGUGUUUCAGUGUGAAUGCCAGCACCACACCUGUGGGGAGACGUGUGACCGCUGCUGUGCAGGGUACAAUCAGCGGCGCUGGCGGCCAGCUCAGGAGCAGAGCCACGAGUGCGAAGCAUGCAACUGCCACGGCCAUGCCACUGACUGUUACUAUGACCCAGACGUUGAGCAGCAGCAGGCAAGCUUGAACACCCAGGGCGUCUAUGCAGGUGGAGGGGUCUGUAUUAACUGCAAGCAUAACACAGCUGGUGUCAACUGUGAAAAGUGCGCCAAGGGUUAUUACCGUCCUUAUGGGGUUCCAGUUGACGCCCCGCAUGGCUGCAUCCCUUGCAGCUGUGACCCUGAGCGUGCAGAGGACUGUGAGCAGGGCUCAGGCCACUGUCACUGCAAGCCGAAUUUCCAUGGAGCCAACUGUGAGAAGUGUGCGGCUGGAUACUAUAAUUUCCCGUUUUGCUUGAGAACUCCCAUUUUUCCUAUUUCUACUCCAAGUCCAGAAGAUCCAGCAGCUGGAGAUAUAAAAGGGUGUGACUGUCACCUGGAAGGUGUUCUCCCUGAAAUAUGUGAUGGCCACGGAAGGUGCCUGUGCCGCCCUGGGGUCCAGGGCCCUCGGUGUGAUACCUGCCGCUCGGGUUUCUACUCAUUCCCGAUCUGCCAAGCUUGCUGGUGUUCUGCCCUUGGAUCCUACCAGACACCUUGCCACCCAGUGACUGGACAGUGUGAAUGCCGGCCUGGAAUCACGGGACAGCGGUGUGACAGGUGUCUCUCAGGAGCCCAUGAUUUCCCCCAUUGCCAAGGUUUCAGCCACGCCUGCAACCCGGCUGGUACGAUUGACUCCAGUUUGGGGUAUUGCCAAUGCAAGCUUCAUGUUGAGAGUCCUACCUGUAGCAUCUGCAAACCGUUAUAUUGGAAUCUAGCCACAGAAAACCCCCAUGGAUGUUCAGAAUGCCGGUGUGAUACGGCGGGAACAGUGAGUGGAGUUGGAGAGUGUGGGCAGGAAGAUGGUGACUGUCAUUGCAAGUCCCAUGUGGGUGGUGAUUCCUGUGACACCUGUGAAGAUGGCUAUUUUGCUUUGGACAAGAGCAAUUACUUUGGGUGUCAAGGCUGUCAGUGUGACGUUGGUGGGGCGCUCUCCUCCAUGUGCAGCGGGCCCUCUGGGGUGUGCCAGUGCCGAGAGCACGUCGUGGGAAGGGCGUGCCAGCGGCCUGAAAACAACUACUAUUUCCCAGAUUUGCAUCAUAUGAAGUAUGAGAUUGAAGAUGGCACGACACCUGAUGGAAGACAUCUUCGGUUUGGAUUUGAUCCCCAGGCAUUUCCUGAGUUUAGCUGGAGAGGAUAUGCCCAGAUGACCUCAGUACAGAAUGAUGUAAGAUUAAUAUUGAAUGUGGGGAAGUCCAAUCUCUCCUUGUUUCAAGUUAUUCUGAGAUAUGUUAACCCUGGAACUGAAGCAGUAUCUGGCCGUAUUACUAUUUAUCCAUCCUGGGCUAAGUCCGGUGCUGCUCAAAGCAAAGAGAUCAUCUUCCUGCCGAGUAGGGAGCCAGCUUUUGUUACCGUCCCAGGAAAUGGUUUUGCAGACCCGUUUUCCAUCACACCGGGGACAUGGAUCGCUUGUAUUCAGGCAGAAGGCGUCCUCCUGGAUUACCUGGUGCUACUCCCCAGGGACUACUAUGAAGCAUCCGCCCUCCAGCUGCCGGUCACAGAGCCAUGUGCCUCUGCAGGGUCUCCCCAGGAAAACUGCUUGCUUUACCAGCAUGUGCCAGUGACCAGGUUCCCCUGUACUCUGGCUUGUGAGGCCAGACACUUUCUGCUGGAUGGAAAACCAAGACCCUUGGCAUUGAGACAGCCCACACCUGUACACCCGGUCAUGGUGGACCUCAGCGGGGGAGAGGUGGAACUGCAUCUGCGGCUGCGUGUGCCGCAGGUUGGCCACUAUGUGGUCGUGGUCGAGUAUUCCACAGAGGCAGCCGGGAUGUCUGUGGCUGAUGUGAGCGUGAAGGGCCCCGGGUCUGCCCUGGCAGGCCAGGUGGAGAUAUACAGCUGCCAGUACAGCUUCCUCUGCCGCAGCGCCGUGAUCGACGCCGCGGGCCGCGUGGCCCAGUUGGAGCUGUUGGCAGAAGCGGACGUUCGGCUCGUGGCGCGCUCAGCCCGAUUCCUUCUGCAUCAAAUUUGCAUCAUACCCAUUGAAGAAUUCUCAACUGAAUACGUGAGGCCUCAGGUCCACUGCAUUGCCAGUUAUGGGCGAUUUGCUAAUCAGAGUGCCACCUGUGUCCCCCUGGCCCACGAAACCCCUCCCGCAGCAUUCAUUUUGGACGUGCCAAGGGGCGAGCCCUUCCCUCGCUUGCCCCAGGAUCUUUUACCUUCUGCUGAUGCUGUGACUGGAGUCACCUUGAAGGCGCCACAGGUAGGUUCCUUCCAGGCCUCGUUUUGCCCCCAUGUACUGGGCUGCCGGGAUCAAGUGGUCUCCGAAGGCCAGGUUGAGUUUGACAUCUCAGAGCCGGAGGUGGCCGUGACGGUGAAGGUUCCAGAAGGAAAGUCUUUAGUUCUGGUCCGUGUUCUAGUGGUGCCUGCAGAGACUCACGACUACCAAAUACUUCACAAAAAAUCAGUGGACAAGGCACUUGAGUUUAUCACCAAUUGUGGAGGAAACAGUUUUUAUAUUGACCCACAGACAGCCUCAGAAUUCUGUAAGAAUUCCGCCCGGUCCCUGGUGGCCUCUUACCACAAGGGCGCACUGCCUUGUGAGUGCCACCCCACUGGGGCCAUCGGCCAUCCCUGCAGUCCCCAGGGCGGGCAGUGCCCUUGCCGACCCAACGUCAUCGGGCGGCAGUGUACCCGGUGUGCACCAGGCCACUAUGGAUUCCCUCACUGCAAGGCAUGCAGCUGCGGCCGGCGACUCUGUGACGAGAUGACUGGGCAGUGCCUCUGCCCUCCGCGCACGGUCCGCCCCCAGUGUGAGGCGUGUGAGGCCCACUCCUUCAGCUUCCACCCCCUGGCCGGCUGCGAAGGCUGCAACUGUUCAAGGAGGGGAACCGUCGGGGCCGCCACCCCAGCCUGUGACCGGGACAGUGGGCAGUGCAGAUGCAAACCCAGAAUCACAGGGCGGCAGUGCGACCGAUGUGCCUCCGGGUUUCACCGCUUCCCUGAGUGUGUGCCCUGCCAUUGCAACAGAGAUGGGGCUGAGCCAGGAGUGUGUGACCCAAGGACGGGGGCUUGCCUCUGCAAGGAAAAUGUGGAAGGCUCCGAAUGUCACGUGUGUCGAGAAGGAUCCUUCCACUUGGACCCAGCCAAUCCCAAGGGCUGUACCAGCUGCUUUUGUUUUGGAGUCAGUAAUCGUUGUCACAGCUCACACAAGCGAAGAGCUAAGUUCGUGGAUAUGAGGGGCUGGCGCCUGGAGACUGCGGACGGAGUGGACAUCGCUGUCUCCUUCAACCCAGGCAGCAACAGUGUGGUGGCGGAUCUCCAGGAGCUGCCCGCGACAGUCCGCAGUGCGUCCUGGGUUGCACCCCCUUCCUACCUGGGGGACAAGGUUUCCUCGUACGGUGGCUACCUCACUUACCAGGUCAAGUCCUUCGGCUUACCCAGUGACAUGGCUCUCCUGGAGAAGAAGCCGGAUGUGCAGCUCACUGGCCAGCACAUGUCUGUCAUCUAUGAAGAGCCCAAUGGCCCACGGCCAGACCGGCUCCAUCACGGGCGCGUGCAGGUGGUUGAGAGAAACUUCAGACACGCCAGCAGCCGAGCCCCGGUGUCUAGGGAAGAGCUGAUGACGCUGCUGUCUAGACUGGCAGGUGUACGCAUCAGAGGCCUCCACUUCACCGAGACGCAGCGGCUCACCCUGGGCGAGGUGGGGCUGGAGGAGGCCUCUGACACAGGAGGUGGUCGCACAGCCCAUGAUGUGGAGAUGUGUGUCUGCCCCCCUCACUACACUGGCGACUCAUGUCAGGGUUGUAGCCCAGGAUACUAUCGACAUAACAAUGGCUUGUAUAAGGGAAGAUGCGUUCCCUGCAAUUGCAACGGACACUCAAAUCGAUGUCAGGACGGCUCAGGAAUAUGUAUUAGCGGGAAAGAUUUUGCCACCGGCUGUGUUGUGAAUGGGGGAAACGUGAGGUGCUCCUGCAAAGCCGGCUACACGGGGACACAGUGUGAAAGGUGUGCACCGGGAUAUUUCGGGAAUCCACAGAAAUUUGGAGGUAGCUGCCAACCAUGCAACUGUAACAGCAAUGGCCAGUCGGGCAGCUGCAACCCCCUGACUGGAGAGUGCAUAAACCAAGAGCCCAAAGAUAGCAGCCCUGCAGAAGAAUGCGAUGAUUGUGACAGCUGUGUGAUGACCCUCUUGAAUGACCUGGCCACCAUGGGCGAGGAGCUCCGCCUGGUGAAGUCUCAGCUGCAGGGUCUGAGUGCCAGUGCUGGGACCCUGGAGCAGAUGAGGCACCUGGAGGCCCAGGCCAAGGAUCUGAGGAAUCAGUUGUUCGCCUACCGUUCUGCCAUUUCAAAUCACAGAUCAAAAAUAGAUGGCCUGGAAAAAGAGCUGAGUGAUUUGAAUCGUGAGUUUGAGACUUUGCAAGAAAAGGCACAAAUGAAUUCCAGAAAAGCACAAACAUUGCGUAACAAUGUUGACCGGACAACCCAAAGCGUAAAAGAGUUGGACACGAAGAUUAAAAAUGUCAUCCGGAAUGUGCACAUUCUCUUGAAACAGAUCUCUGGGACAGAUGGAGGAGGGAACAAUGUGCCUUCAGGUGACUUUUCCAGAGAGUUGGCUGAGGCUGAACGCAUGAUGAGGGAGCUGCGGAACCGGAACCUGGGAACGCACCUAAGAGAAGCAGAAGCUGAGAGAAGAGAGGCCCAGCUCUUGCUGAACCGGAUCCGGAGCUGGUUGGAAACUCACCAGGUGGAGCACAAUGGACUUGUUAAGAGUAUGAGGGAUUCUUUAAAUGACUAUGAAGCCAAACUCAGUGACCUCCGUGCCAUGCUCCAGGAGGCGGUUGCCCAAGCAAAGCAGGCCACUGGCCUCAACCAAGAGAAUGAGAGAGCUUUGGGAGCCAUCCAGAGACAAGUGAAAGAAAUAAAUUCUCUGCAGAGUGAUUUCACCAAGUAUCUAACCACUGCAGACUCAUCUUUGCUGCAAACCAACGUUUUGCUGCAGCUGCUGGAGAAAAGCCAGAAGGAUUACGAAAAAUUAGCUGCCACUUUAAAUGAUGUGAGGCAAGAACUAAGUGACAAAGUGAGAGACCUUUCCAAAUCUGCUGGCAAAGCGUCCCUGGUGGUGGAGGCAGAAAAGCACGCGCAGUCUCUGCAAGAGCUGGCGAAGCAGCUGGAAGAGAUCAAGAGGAACGCCAGUGGGGAUGAGCUGGUGCGCUGUGCGGUGGACGCUGCCACCGCCUACGAGAACAUCCUAAAUGCCAUCAAAGCCGCAGAGGACGCGGCCAACAAGGCCUUCAGCGCGUCAGAGUCUGCCCUCCAGACAGUGAUAAAGGAAGAUCUUCCAAGAAAAGCUAAGACCCUGAGUUCUGACAGCGAUAAACUAUUAAAGGAAGCCAAGACCACACAGAAGAAGCUACAGCAAGAAACCAUUCCGGCUCUCAACAACCUGCAAGAAACGCUGAAUAGUGUGACGAUUCAGAAAGAACUGAUAGACUCCAAUCUCACAACUGUCCGUGAUGAUCUUCGUGGGAUACAGAGAGGCGACAUAGAUGGCAUGCUCACUAAUGCCAAGAACACGGUCAGAAAGGCCACGGAUAUCACAAACGAGGUUCUGGAUGGGCUCAACCCCAUUCAGACAGAUGUGGAGAGAAUAAGGGACACGUAUGGGACGGCCCAGAGUGAAGACUUCAACAAGGCUCUGACGGAUGCAGACAACUCAGUGAAGAAAUUAACCAACAAACUGCCUGAUCUUUUGAGCAAAAUUGAAAGUAUCAACCAACAGCUGCUGCCCCUGGGAAACAUCUCUGACAACGUGGACAGAAUACGUGAACUAAUUCAGCAGGCCAGGGAUGCCGCCAAUAAGGUCGCUGUCCCCAUGAGGUUCAAUGGUAAAUCUGGCGUUGAAGUCCGAAUGCCCAACGACCUGGAAGAUCUGAAAGGAUACACAUCUCUGUCUUUGUUUCUCCAAAGACCUGACUCCAGAGAAAAUGGGGGCACCGAGGAUAUGUUUGUAAUGUACAUGGGAAAUAAAGAUGCCUCCAGGGAUUACAUUGGCAUGGCAGUUGUGGGUGGCCGGCUCAGGUGUGUCUACAACCUGGGGGGCCGCGAGGCUGAACUCCAAGUGGACCAGAAGCUGACCGAGAGCGAAACUCAGGAGGCGGUUAUGGACCGAGUGAAAUUUCAGAGGAUUUAUCAGUUUGCAAAUCUUAAUUACACCAAAAGAGCCACAUCUAGUAAAUCGGAAACACCCGAAUUCCAUGAGAUGGACAGUGGCAGUAGCAAUAUGCUUCUUAAUCUGGAUCCCGAAAAUGUUGUAUUUUAUGUUGGAGGUUACUCACCUGAUUUUAAACCUCCGAGUAGACUAAGAUUCCCUCCAUACAAAGGUUGUAUUGAAUUAGAUGAUCUCAAUGAAAAUGUUGUGAGCUUGUACAACUUCAGAAAAACUUUCAAUCUCAACACAACUGAAGUAGAGCCUUGUAGAAGGAGAAAAGAAGAGUCAGACAAAAAUUAUUUUGAGGGUACAGGUUAUGCUCGAGUCCCAACUCAACCAAAUGCUCCCUUCCCAACCUUUGGACAAACGAUUCAGACUACCGUGGAUAGAGGUUUGCUGUUCUUUGCAGAAAACCAGGAUCGCUUCAUAUCUCUAAAUAUAGAAGACGGCAGUCUCCUGGUGAGAUACAAACUGAAUUCAGAACCACCAAAAGAAAAAGGAAUUAGAGACCUCAUAAACGAUGGGAAAGAUCAUUUGAUUCAAAUCAAAAUUGGAAAAGUCCAAAACCUUAUGCGGAUAAAUGUGAAUUCUCAAAGCAUUAAAAUUGAAGGUGAAAUAUUUGAUUUCAACACAUAUUAUUUGGGAGGAAUUCCAAUUGCAAUCAGGGAAAGGACAAGUAGCCUGCAGAUCACUCUGGAAGAUGGUCAUAUUGAAUUGAGCACCAGGGACAGCAGUGACCCAAUUUUUCAGUCCCCACAGACGUACAUGGAUGGUUUACUGCAUUAUGUAUCUAUAAUAAGCGACAGCUCUGGGGUUCGGCUUCUCAUUGAUGACCAGCCUCAGAGAAAUAACCAAAGGCUAAGAGGCAUUUCAAAUUCCCAGCAAUCUCUGCGUCUGGGUGGGAGUCAUUUUGAGGGUUGUAUCAGCAACAUUUUUGUCCGGAGGUCAUUACAGAGUCCUGAAGUCCUAGAUUUGGCCAGUAAAUCUACCAAGAGAGAUGUGUCCCUGGGAGGCUGCAGUUUAAACAAACCACCUUUUCUAAUGUUGCUUAAAGGUUCCAUGAGGCUUCACAAGGCCAAGACUUUGAAUAUUGACCAGCUGCUGCAGGACACACCAGUGGCCUCUCCCAGGAGCGUGAAGAUGUGGCAAGAUGCACAGUCUUGCCCACCACCUCCCAGGGCCCCGGCUAGUCAUGGAGCCUUCCAGUUUGGGGACAUUCCUACCAGCCACUUGCUAUUCAAGCUCCCUCAGGAGUUACUGAAACCCAGGUCACAGUUCGCCCUGGACGUGCGGACGGCAUCCUCCAGAGGGCUGGUGUUUUACACUGGCACUAAGAACUCCUUUAUGGCACUUUAUCUUUCAAAAGGACGUCUGGUCUUUGCAUUGGGGACAGAAGGGAAAAAACUGAGGCUCAAGAGCAAGGAGAAAUGCAACGAUGGACGGUGGCACACGGUGAUGUUUGGGCAGGAAGGAGAAAAGGGGCACUUGGUUGUGGAUGGACUGAGGGCCCAGGAAGGAAGUUUACCCAGAAAUUCCACUGUCAGCCUCCAAGCACCGGUUUACCUGGGAUCAUCUCCUGCAGGAAAACCAAAGAGCCUCCCUUCAAACAGCUUUGUGGGAUGCCUAAAGAACUUUCAGCUGGAUUUAAAACCCCUGGAGACCCCUUCCGCAAGCUUUGGGGUAUCUCCCUGCUUGGGUGGCUCUUUGGAGAAAGGCACUUAUUUCUCCCAAGAAGGAGGUCAUGUCAUCCUGGCUAACUCUGUGUUGUUGGGGCCAGAAUUCAAGCUUGUUUUCAGCAUUCGCCCAAGAAGUCUCACUGGAAUCCUAAUCCACAUCGGAAGUGAACCCGGGAAGCACUUAUGUGUUUAUAUGGAAGCCGGAAAGGUCACGGCCUCUGUGGACAGUGGGGCAGGUGGGAUCUCAACAUCAGUCACACCGAAGCAGUCUCUGUGUGAUGGACAGUGGCACUCCGUGGCAGUCACCCUGAAACAACACAUCCUGCACCUGGAACUGGACACAGACAGUAACUACGUAGCUGGACAGCUGACCCUCCCUCCUGCCGGCACUCAAGAGCCACUGCACCUCGGAGGUGUCCCAGCCAACUUGAAGACUCUGAAGCUUCCUGUGUGGAAAUCAUUUUUUGGCUGCCUGAAGAAUAUUCAAGUCAACCACAUCGCUGUCCCUGUCACUGAAGCUGUGGAAGUCCAGGGAGUGGUCAGUCUGAAUGGCUGUCCUGACCACUAAUUCAAGCCAUUUCACGGCAAGGAAAUUCACUUUCAGAAGCACUGAUUCCCCAAUGCACCUCCCUUCCCCACUCAAGUACAUUUGGAUGCAAGAGACCACCCAGAUGGGUUUAAUAGAAAACCUAAUUUGGAAUUCCAACCGCUGACAUCCAUUCUUUUGGCAU